GGGGGCGCCCCUGAAUUCCCAACUUUGAAGCAGCUGCAAUUCAUGCAACUUGCGACCCUUUACCUUGCUUUCGGAGUGGAUGGUGCCAAUGCAGACUGGUCACGGUCAAGGUCUCAGACACUGUCAAGAUAUCAAUCAAUUUGGGCCGUCUACUUUGAAUCAUCGUAUGUGUACAGAGGGUCUAGAGGGUCAAAACGGCCAGUGUAAAGACAUCGGAGAAGGGUUCAAAGAAAUCGAAGUGCCUCGCUUGUCAGGUGCGAAGAAGGGUUGUUGCACUUCCUUUUUGUGUUUGUACAAGAGGUUGCAUUUGAACAAGACACAUGACCCCAGUCAAAAUGUUGCUUGCACUCAUGUAAGAAGUCUCGAGUGGUUUGUCGAUACGACUAUAUAUAUAUUGCAUGAAAUUUGGCGCACCUGCCUAGCAACACUUGAGAAGUACUUGAGAAAACCUCCAAAUUGUGAAAUACCACGCGGAGUGUCGUGUGGACGACCUACCCGGAGUCCCAGUCAGUUGCCACUUUGAGCUAGCUCCAACAAGCCUUCUGAUUGAAAGGUUAGUAAUUUAUGUGGUUUCAGCAGCAACUGUAGUGCUAGUCAUCGCUCUUCCCCCGUGGCGAAGUGCAGUAGUGUGCAGCUACACCUAAUGCUUGCAACUGUACUCGCUUGUACUUGUAACUUGUAAUCAGACUUUGUGAGUGGCCUGGGCAAUCUUCCGGAUGUCGCCAGGCCGGUCAUCCUGGCGCGUGCCAGGCCUUCGUUGCUACCGUGUGAGUGAAGCGGUGGACAACGUGCCGCCCUUGUUUUGGCAGUUCAGAUCCCAGAGAUACCAAACUAGAGGGACCUUGUUGUGGAUAAGGGUUGAAGAACAUGUCGAUAGGCAAACAAUCAUGUGAGGGAUGAGCCCUUGCGCAUGUUGACAAAUACCUUGUGUUUGGCGCCGAUUAUGUUCUGCAACUCCACAAUGGUCGCAACUAGGGGGCGGAAUUGAGUUGGCGGUCGCUAAGAUGUACUUUCAAUUUCAAGUGCCUUCGAUUUGAAAUAAUGUAUACAGUUCUUUGUUCAAUUCUCUCCAGCUUCCAUAAAGUAGUAUUCUCGCUUUGCUUUCUGCCCACAGUCUCGAUUGGUUGGGACUUCAACAUCAGCUAUACAAUUUGCAGAUGAAUUGCCACUGCCACUCCUGCCCAUUGCACUCCUAGCACUGUAGCCAUGUGCUUCAAAAGGUUUGGCUCCACCCGAUGCUUCUAGGGUGUGAGAGCCUUUGUGUGCUGAUGCAUUGUCUCGGCGGUAUCAUGUGUUUUUCCUUUCUGACAUUGCUUUUGCCUCUGGGAAUGCUCCGCUUUCAGGCCCUGCUCGAGCAUCCUCGAUUCAUCGCCGAAGGAGCAAAGGAUAAG